ACGACUUACGAGUAAACAUUUCGAUUGAACUUUGAGUACUUUUGUUAUAUUAUUUUCGUUAACAAUAUUUUUAUGAUUCCUUUCAAUGAAAUAAAUAAUUUGUAUAUAAAGGAAAUAUAUGUCAAAAAAUAACCAUGGAAGCCCUUUAUCAUCAAACAACUCAAUUAAUACAGGAAACAUCAAAUUUAUUUCAUAAAUUAGAAAAUGAUCCAGAUGCAGAGAAAAUUGAAGGUGCCAUCCAAGAAAAGAUAAAUAUAAUUAAAGCAAAUUGUGAAAAAUUAGAUGUUCUCCUUUUCAAGACACCAAUAAAUCAAAGGCCUAUGGCAAAGAUGAGAGUUGACCAAUUGAAAUAUGACAACACACAUAUACAGGCAUCUUUAACCAAUGCUCGAAACAAAAGGUACAGGCGGGAACAAGAAAAGGCUGAGAGAGAACAAUUGUUGAGUCGUAGAUUUGGUCAUGAUCAUACAGAGAUUAAUGUGGACUACUUGGGCCAAGAACAAUCAUCACUGCAGAAUUCACAUAGGAAUGUCGAUGAAAUGUUGCACACAGGUACAAGCAUUCUAGAGACGUUAAGGUACAAUCGUGACACAUUGAAAGGCGCUCAUAGACGGAUGAUAGACUUGGCGAAUACCCUGGGCCUGUCCAACGCCACCAUCACCCUCAUAGAGAGAAGGGUCUCCCAGGAUAAGUACGUCCUCUUCGGAGGGAUGUUCGUCACCCUGAGUGUGAUCGCGCUUGUUAUAAUAUAUUUGGUAUAAAAAAAAUUUACAAAAAUCUACGCAUUGUUAUCUAUUUGUGGACAUAUGAUUAAGUAUUUAUGCAUUCUAAUGAAAUAAAUAAUGUCUAAAUA